UUCAUCGUCUGGGAGCAAGUUUCGGUGGUGUUCGUGCUUGGGACAUUCGAGAUCGGAAGGGCGUGUGUGUGUGUGUGAGUUUUGGAUAUUUAAUGUGCACGUGUAGGCUGCCCGAAUAAGGUGCCAAGGGCACGGAUCAAAAGAUCUGACAUUACGUACAAAGAGAGGAAGUAAAGCAUAUGGUUGCGUGGGUUCGGAAUUGUUGGCCAGAUGUCGAAGCGUGCCUCUUGAUGCUUUGGAGUAUCGCGGCGAACGGGAUAGUUGAAACAGCUCCUGAGAAUGUUGGCCGGACGAAUGCCUUCGUGCCUCUUGGUCUUUUGGAGAACCGUGCUUCGGGAACAAGGGGAGCUAAAACCGUUAUGCGCCCACAUGGGAGCCACCUGUUUUAGAAACCACCCGAGUUCACAAUUGGUGAAGAGGGAAAGAAAAGGCUGCCCAAGGAUUCUAGUCGCUGUGAGCAUGAUGGUAGGAAAGUGGAAGAUGGUGGAAAAAAGGUGGCACAGAAAGGUGAAAAAGGCCAACACAGGAUAACACAACAUGUUAGUGCUGUCCAUGCCGUUAUCCAUCACAGCAAAGGAGAACCUCUUAGACCCAAAACCAGCUAAUCAGAUUGGGUGCCAGGGGAGCCUCUAGACCAUGGCAUGGUGGGUUCUCAUCCUAGA